UCUUGUCCAAUAGCAAAGGAUAACCGGGCGCGUUUAGUUAGCUGGCUGUCAGCGGCCCAGAGUCCGGCGAGUAGCCGGACUUGCCUGGGCUUAGUCGCUGCUGUUAUGGCUACCGCAGAGUCCUGGCAUGUUCAGUUAGUAACCGGCGGGUUGUGCCCCUUUGGGAGUUCAUGGAUCUGGAAUUUACUGCAGCAGUGUGUAGAGAGUGUCUGGGAAUACUGGAGUAUUGUUAUAGGGCUCGUGUCUAUCGUCUGCUUCCUCUUCGCUGCGUUACCUCAGUUGUAUGUUGCCUACAAAAAUGGAAAAGUUGACCAAGCGCUUUCUCUUGGGUUUCUGUUAUGUUGGUUUGGAGGAGACUGCACAAAUUUCAUAGGCUGCUACUUAACGAAUCAGCUACCAAUUCAGGUUGUUUCAGCAAUAUUUUAUGUCAACAUGGAUAUAAUUAUGAUCUCACAGUUUGCCUACUACAAAUUAAGAAACAAUAAUCUGAAAGGUAGCGGACGCUUGAAAGGAUUCUGCAUAGCGUGGGUCUUAUUGUUCAUAACCUUGUCUAUUAUAUUACCCAGUCAGCUGCUACUGCAAAACCUAAAGCGGAGAAGGGAGACAGAAAUAAGUGAGAAUACUUUGGGCAUUACAGAAAUGUCAGGUUUCAUAUGUGGCUAUGUCUCUUCUGUUUUUUAUUUGGGCUCUCGCUUCCCUCAACUUUAUAAAAAUUUCCAGAGGAAAUCCACAGUGGGUACAUCCUACUUGCUGUUUGCAUUAGCCAUGCUUGGAAAUUUUACCUAUGGCCUGAGUCUUCUCCUAAAAUUGCCUGUUAUUAGGCAGUACAAGAGCGAGUAUGUGAUCCAUCAUUUACCCUGGUUAAUCGGGAGCUUUGGUGUACUUGUGCUUGACUUUUUUAUGACCGCGCAGUUCAUCAUGUAUCGCAAACACAAGACUACAGAUGCCAGUUUACUAGCUUUGGAAGUAGAGCCUUUGCUUGUAAGUGAAGAAGACUAACUCGCCGUUUGUGGAUCCCACAGAGGACUCUUAAUUUUGUUGCAUUCCAUGUAUUUUGUUUAAGGAAUCAAUGCUUGAAACACUAUGCAUUUUUAUACCUUUUUAUUUCAGGUCAACUAUUAUUACAAAUAUAAAAUCUUGGCUACAGCUCAUUUUUGGUGCUUUUUAGCAGCCCAUUGUGGCAGGAAAGUGCUUGUUGCUAAAUUCCUUUUGUUUAAUUAUAAAAAGUUAAUGAAA